AUGGCAUCCCUGGAGGAAGAGCUGACCUGCUCCGUGUGCCGAGAUAUAUUCAGCAAAGCCCACCCCCUGCCCUGCGGUCACAGCUUCUGCCCCGCCUGCAUCCGCGAGGCCUGGAGCGGCCAGGGUGAAGAGAAAGCUCGCUUUACCUGUCCCCAGUGCCAAGAGGAGCAUGGUGAAGUAUUAUGUGACUGCUGCCCCCCUGAGGCAGAGGAAGGGAAGCUACCAUUGGCUGUCAAGACCUGUCUGAGGUGUGAGGUGUCCUUGUGUGCCGAGCACCUCCGACCCCAUCUGGAAAGACCAGCAUUUAGCACCCAUUUGUUGGUGGAUCCACUUGGGGACCUCUCCCAGCGAAGGUGCCCAACACACACAGAGAUAUUCCGCUACUAUUGUGCCGAUGAGAGGGUGUACGUGUGCGGUGACUGUCUGCUGGAGGGAAGCCAUGUUCAGCAUAAAGUGAAAGCGCUUAGACAAGUGGAGGACGAUCUGAAGGUCAUUCUCCAGACGCUGCUCAGAAGAGCAGAGGAAAAGUUGAAAGAUGGACAUCGCAUCCUCAAAGAGCAUGAGAAUGUUGAUUCCGCUAUGGCUGACUCUCUAAAAAAGGACGACACCCAGGUGGAGCGGCUGGGCUCAGAUCUAUUGGUUCAGGUGAAGAAGCUGGUGAUGGCCCUGAGAGAGAUCACCAAGAGAGAGAGAAAGCAGGUCAUUGAGCGUGUGCAUGAGGACUGCUCGAAGGUGAGGGAGGACAUGAGCCAGACGCUAAGCAUCCAGCAUUACCUGGCCUCGCUGCUGGCAGAGACGGACCCCUUUCUGCUCAUCUGGGCCUUUCAAUCAGAUGAUACAAAGUUACUAGCUGACCUGAACAGCCCACUUUUCAUCCCUGAUGCCGUCAGUCUGGACAGGAAGCAUAUCCUGGAGGAUGUCGAGAGCAAGUAUCGAGAGUUCAUCACCGCCACCCUCCGCUGCCUCAGUGAACUCAAGAGGGAGCUCUUAACCAGUCUUUUGACUCUGGACACAAACACUGCCCAUCCUCUCUUGAGCAUUGCUGAUGACCUUCGCUCAGUGAUGCGAGUUAAAAGUCGUCUACCCUGUGCUGCUCACCCUGAACGUUUCGACCACUGGCCGCAGGUUCUCACCGUCCAGACCUUCUCCUCUGGGACUCACUACUGGGAGCUGGAGGCUGAGGGAUUCUGGGAUAUUGGCAUCUGCUACAGAAGUAUUGGACGGAAGGGGAAAGAUGGCAACGCCUUUGGGAACAACAAGGUAUCAUGGAGCUUGACACAGCAGCAUGACAGGAAGCUUGCUGCCUGGCACAACAGCAAAAAGACCCGCCUAUCAUACCGAAUGACUAGCAAUCGAGUUGCUAUAGCCGUGGACUAUGGUGCAGGCACCAUCACCUUCUCUGAGGUGGGACUGUCCAACAGUCUGACCCACCUCCACACUUUCUCCACCACCUUCACUCAGCCGGUGUGCUUGGGCUUCGGACUCUACAAAGCUGAGCUCAACAGCCACAUCUCUAUUGUCAAAAUCUGA